UGACGUCACGUUCCACGUGUCUAGCAUCUCAGGAGGACGACUCGCGAGCAGCAUGGCGGCGCUGGCCGUAUCGGUAGUGGAGACACCGUCGGAGAAGGAUGCUAUUGGCGAGGGACUGUUCGAGCUCUUGAAACCUGCCGUGCAGCAGCUCGACCUGCACGUGCAUUCCGUGAGAGAGAGCCAAGUGGAGCUGCGGGAACACAUCGACAACCUGGCCACUGAACUCUGCCGAAUCAAUGAGCACCAGAAGGUGGCGCUGGACCUGGACCCGUAUGUGAAGAAACUGCUAAAUGCUCGACGCAGGGUGGUUCUGGUGAAUAACAUACUACAGAAUGCUCAAGAACGUCUGCGGCGUCUUAACCAUAAUGUUGCCAAAGAGACAGCCCGCAGGAAGACCAUGUUGGAGGCUUCCGGAGCAUUCACCCCUCGUUCACCCAGCAAGCCAUGAUACGUCUUUAUGGGUAUAUCCAGUGAAGGAAGCCGGAAUGGCCACGGUGCUCUGCCUGCCGCCUCGUUUGUCUGCGUCACAUCUGAGUCACAGCACUGCUGUAGGACAGAGACACAGUCAGUCACAGUGAUUAACACGGGAGCAUUGGCAUGUAAGUCUUCACCAAUAGACUGCGCUGAAGGCACACUGCUCUGCACAUCAGUUUUAAUUUUUUUCACAGUCUGAUUCAAUCCAUUCAAGCAUAAUAAUGCAUAAUAAAAUACAUUGUUGACUUACAUUGUUCAGGCUAUAUUGGUAUUGAUUAUUCAACAAAUCUAUUGUUCUGUUCAAGGAAAGUAAAUAGAAAAAGGAUGAAAUUCUCUGCUCAUCUUUUAAAAUAGCAAUGCCUUCACUGCAAGGGUGACCUGACCUUAUAUGGCAACAGAGAUUUUCAUUGUUGCCAAGUAGCACUACAUUUUUUAAGGCUAAAAUUUUAUUAAGUUUCAAACUUCUUUGUAAUUAGUGUUACAUAAGACAAGGAUUUGCUCCAUUAAAUCAUUCUCUUAAUCCAAGAGCUAAAAUUGUCCACUAUGCUUUUGCUUUGUACAGUCAUGUUGUUACUGAAUAUGUGCAUAUUGUCAUAGUCUCUGAUGAACUUGUAGCUUAUUUAAAUACCUAUUUGGGGACAGUAGUAUGAUGGCAGUUUAUAUAAAUGUACACUGAAUACACCUAUUUGGUUA